AUGGCAAAAACCAUUUUAAAAGAUUCAGUUUUAUGGAGAGAAUUCAUAGCAGUCGUUGGAUUUCUGGUUUGUUUAGCUCUCCAUAUAAUUUCUAUGUCCACAACUCAUUGGGCAUGGCAACCAUUAAAUGGCGAUGACUACAAAUUGUAUGGAUUAUGGCGAGAGUGUAGAUUGACUCGUGUGUCACAUAUUUGUACAUCGUUUACAACUGGAGAUGAUAAUGUAUAUAAAGGAAAUGAAUGGAAGAAAGGUGCUCAAGUGUUGACAUUGGUUGGUUUAGUUAGUAUUUUAUCACAGAUAUUACUGUCCCUGUCUAUUAUGUUAGUUCAGAAAAUAAAGAAUAAUGAAAAGGAAGCUUUUGGAGUAUUGAUGUGCCUUCUAGGUUCUUAUUUUACAUGUACAUUACUGGUGUUACUCAUAUUUGGACAUGAAAUCUACAAAAUAGAAAAUACUCAGAUAUCCUGGUCGUAUCACAUAGCUAUUUGUUCUAUGACACUCAAUAUUAUGAGUUGUGUUAUUGGGGUAGCACCUUUAAUCAAUAAAAAUUGCACAUGUUGUGGUGACCGUUCUAUUAACAUCAAUAAUGAUAAAUACAAAGGAGACAAUAUGCCAGAAUCUUCACAACAGAUCAGUUCUGAAUUACCUCAAAAAUCUAGUGAAAAGGACAGUGGUUACUCGCUAUAUGUUCGGAAAUACCAAGACGAAAACGGAGCUUGGAUGGUUGCUGUUUAGCAGAUUAGGAUGAAUAAGAAAGUCCUUUGGUGGAGACAUUUCUCUCCACAAUGUUCUUAUUAGAUAUAAUAUAUGAAUAGUUAAAAUUGUAAUAUUUCUAUUUCUAUAUCGUUCUAAAAUUGAUGUAUUGAGCAGUAUUUUAACAGUGAAAAUAUUUUAUUAUUGUAUUUCAGAUAAAAUGUGAUUUUUUCAAAUAUUAUUACGAAGUGUUUCAGAUAUAUAUACCAAAUUAUUACAAACAUGAUAGGGAAUUGAAGCCAUGUUUUAAUCGUCUUCUAUUCUCAAUGUUCUUCUUUUUCUGGUCAUUAUAAGACAGGGGUAUAUGGCGAUCUCUUUAUCGGCUUUUUU